AUGGACAGCAUACAAAGAAUCAUCGACAACCUCCCACCAGAGCUGAGGUGGCGAGGUGGCCUCUCGCGGCACGGAACCGUCAGCGAGGGUCACAAUGCUCAAAUCGCUAACAUCUUCAUCACCAGCUUUCACCUGCGUUCGAAUCUGGUCCAAAAGUACGGGACUAGAGACGAGAUAGUUGCCGAGCACCAACGCAUAGUGGAUGACUUGCUAGAAAUUCUCUACCACCUACCCCAGUGUGUUUUCAACGCCAACGGAAGUAGCAUCGUGCCCAAGGUCCGUGAUAUUGGAGCCGUGUAUUUGGAACAUCACAUGAUCGCGGACAACCCCAAUAGAGACCAGGCAAAAGAAAAGAUGGAGAUGAUCCUUCGUAAGCUGAAUGAUCUAGACUGCUGGUCGGCCUUGACUCUGAGUGGUCGAUGGGAUAGUGGAGCUGCGCGCUCCCCGUCAGGGGUCCAUCUAGCUGCUAAGUAG